GACGGCGAGUUGGACCCGAAUGAUGCAUGGCUAAUGCGUGCGGCAGGUGGUGAGGAUGAACCCGAUGAAAAUCUCGCGGUUGCAGCCGUUGGUGCUGCACCUCGAGAUGACGAUCAGUUCUCGUUUGAGGAUUCAGAACGUUUCGAAGAGGACUCAUUGUGUUCGUGGAUGUCCGAUACUGAAUCGCUCAAUCAGAACUGGCGUGGAUGGAGUGCGGCUCGAACUUCAUCAGCACAUGUUGCUCGAGGGGGUACGAUAUCAAUUUCCAUGGAAACAUUAAAUGUGAAUUAUGCUGAUGGUGCAUGUGCAAGUUCAUCAUCGCAUCAUUCCAGUGCGCACCGUUAUACGGGUGGAAUCACCAGUGUUGCUGUGCCGUCCUCAUCGGUGUUACCCCUAGCACACAAUCGUAGCCGUCGUUCGACAACCUCAUCUCCGUCAAGUAGUAAUCAUAAUAACAAUAAUAAUGACACCAGUCGUCGUGGUAUGGACCUUGGUUUGAGUGUAGUGCGAGAUGAUUGUUCACCUCUUAACGCAGCUUCACCACCCAGUAGCACGUCUAAAAGAAACAGAGAUGCAAAAAGCAUUGCGACUGUACAGAGCUUAGCGGAGCGGGCAGCGCAUUGCGCCGCAAGGUACUAUUCGUUUGAUGCACUCGAAGCAGCGUAUCAUUCGAUAUCGGUUGAACGACGUCGAACAGCUAUCAAACGCGAUGCUCGUGAUCCAGAAGAGGCUGCUUUCUUGAUGAAUUCGGCGACGUUCACCGAUCAUGAGGCAAUACCGGACAAAUUCUUUUUGAGUAUUGUAAGGUGGUGCUUUCCGGAAAGUGAAGAAGAUAUUCGUCUUUACAGUUGUCUCGCUAACGGUAAUGCGGAUGAGUUCGGUCGUGGCGAAUAUUUGUAUGAAUCGGAUGCGGUUCAUGAUGUCUUUCAAAUAGGUUAUCAUCUGUCGGCUGUGGUUAACGGCCUAAUCAGCGGGUCAAUGAGUGCAGGCACUCUGGCCGUGCCCACAUCAGCGGCUGUUCCGGCAACCGUAAAGCCUAAUCGUCAAUCUAAAAACAUCUACAAUGUUUCUGUUAGAGUUGAUCGGUGUCGCAUAGUGUCGUGCUCGUGCUCAUGUGCUUUCAAAGCGUCAUGGUGUCAGCAUGUGGUCGCCGUUUGCUUACAUCGCAUUCAUCGCAGUCAUCAGAUCGAAUAUCGUGUCACCAUAUGGGAUUCAAUCAACGAACUCACCAAUAAUAAACUCAAAAAAUUCGCUCAAUUCCUCAUCAAUGAUCUACCCAGACAGUAUCUUCCGUUAGCGCAACGUUUAAUCGAUCAGUUGCGGAAUCCGAAUUCAGAGAUCAACACGGCUGUCGGCGCACCGGAUCCAACCGAUGGAGGUCAUGAAGAUGUUGCCAUAUGGUGUUUGGAUCAACGCACACUUCACGAGAAUAUUCGUCGUAUUCUUGUGAAAUUUUGUGUCCCUUCGCCUACUGUUCAUUGUGAUGUGCAGUAUCUGUCUUCCAAUCAACCACCUGCUGCCAGUGAAUGGCAGUCACUCCUUCGACCCCACCGUUCAAAAGAUCCUGAAGGAUUGUGGAAUCUGUUAUCAAUUGUUCGCGAAAUGUUCAAACGUCGAGAUGAGAAUGCAACAAGUCUUCUGCAUAUCAUCACUGAGGAAUGUUUGGCAUGCGCUCAAGUUCUGAUUUGGUGGUACCAAACGGCGUUGCUGCAGUCAGGUCAGUGGUUUUUGUGCUCACCGUCAGGCAACAAAUCCAGUUCGUUGAUGUCAAGCCAGAAUGCACCUCAGUUCAAUUGUGCAUCACUUUGUGAUGAAAUUGUGCAAUUGUGGCGAUUGGCUGCACUCAAUCCACGGCUUUCUGAGCUGGAACGUGAACAGCUGGCAAGUUUUCUGCAAAUUUACCAUCGUAAUGCUGUCGAACGAAUUUGGAAGAAUAUAUGCAGCGCAACUACAGACGUUAGUGCGCAGGCGCAACCCAAUGGACUGACUGCAUCGGUGAUCGAUCAUCGAGGUGAACGAUUGGCGAUUGAAAACGCUCGUUUCACGUUUGAUCUUUUCCCUGGCUUUCUCCUUGCUCUCAAGGCGUGCUAUGUCGGUUGGAACGGAAUUUCAGUUGAAGGUGCCGAUUCGGGUACCACCUCUGUCUUGAAACUCAAUCAGGUGAGUGAUAUCGUUAUUAGACUGAAAAUUCUCCAAGCUCACAUUUUACACCCAAAUAUGCCAGUGCUGAGACGUCAUUCGCGUAUCUCAGAGGGUACGAGUUUGCCGGAUGUGCCCGGGACAAGUGGUUCACUUUUCCGGAAUGCCUUCUACCACUAUUCGGUACAUCAGCAGGGUUCUUCUCGUUCGACGAAGCGUCGUAAGAAGACAUCGUCACGUUUGAAUCGUAAUCGAAUGCAUCAACCGUUCGAAUUUCACGAUGAACGUUCACUGGAACGUGCCGUUCGGAACUUGGCGUUAGGCGAGGAAAUGGAGGAGGAAAGUGCAGAGUCGGGACAAGAAAGUGAAACUGGUCCAUCGAGACCAACGGAAUCGAAUCAGACCAACCAUUCAAAUGCAAGAGAGAAAUCAUCGAAUAACGAGGAAUGGAAUGCAACGGCAGGCAUGAGUGAAACUAAUAACAAUAAGCCAAGCCUAUCAUGGAGUGAUGUGGAUGAGUUGUUCGCACGUGCACAUAUUCAACCGUCCAAUUUGGACAUUAAAUUCGCUCGAUGUGAAGCGCUUAUGUCCCAUGGUUAUACACGACAAGCUUGUGAUAUGGCCAUUGAGUUGAGCAAUGAGAUGAUCGAAAAACCUCCGGAUUUGUUAUAUUCGUCAUCGAAGACAGAAUUCAGGGGAUGCCAUUCCGACGGUAAUGCAGUGGGUUCUAGCAAAAUGGGUGCUAAGUCAAGAAGACGUAAAAGUUCGCAGUCCAGUUCCAUACCCACCACAUCAACACAGUCUGGUGCUGCUGCAGCUGGCGAAAGCAGUCUUCUUUCAGAAUUCGAUGAAGGUCUUCUGGAGAGCUCGCAGCUUGCUGCGAUAACAAUUAGCAGGACAAUAUUUCUGGUGCAGUCUCUCAUCAAAGAACCCGAAACACAUCGAUUAGCAUUCACGCUGGCUCUACAUGCUCUGCAGUUGCCCCGAGGACCUGCGGCAACUAAAUUCUUGGAAGUUAAACUGUACCAUCUGGAAGCUGAAUUGGUGAACUUGUUGAGGCGACUAGAGAUCGGUGCGUAUGAACUGCAGCUGAUUCGUGAUCGAGCUCGGAUAUUCGUCAUGAACGCG